UGCAAGUAAUGGAUCGUAUUACGUCAAUCACUUUGUACUAUAAAUAUUCACACAUUAGUGAUGAACAGCAAAGCGUUUUAGCAGUCCGUUCAUUGCUAGAAACAUGGAUCGUUGGGUUGGUAAAAUUGCCGUCGUGACCGGUGCAAGUUCGGGAAUUGGUGCUGCGAUUGCCGAGGCACUCGUAAAAGAGGGCAUAAUCGUCGUUGGAGUUGCCAGGAGGUUGGAUAAUCUGAAGGCAUUGUCGGCAAGUCUCAAAGGAGCCAAAGGGAAACUUUACGCGAAGCAAUGCGACGUUACCAAAGAGGAUGAGCUUUUGGGUACCUUUGAGUGGGUCAAUACCGAAUUGGGAGGCAUCGAUAUUCUUGUCAACAACGCUGGCGUCUGGAGUACCAACCGAGUCAUAGACGGUAACAUUGAAGAGUUUCGAAAGCUGCUCGAUCUCAACGUCUUGGCAAGUGCCGUGUCUCUUCAGAAAGCCGUAGCUUCCAUGCAGAGGCGUAACGUAGCCGGUCACAUCAUCAAUAUUAACAGUGUUGCUGGACAUUGGCUUCCCGGUCAAGCUUCAAGUUUGUACCCGGCAACUAAACAUGCAAUUACAACAAUAACCGAGACUGUGAGACGGGAGCUCUCGCUCGCGAAUAGCAAGAUAAAAAUAACGAGCGUCAGUCCCGGAUUCGUCAAAACGGACAUCAUGCGGGCUUCUGGUGUCGCUAAUCACGAACAAUUCUUCGACAAUCUUCCUCAUCUUCAGCCGAAAAGUGUAGUAGAUGCAGUUCUUUACAUUUUGGGUACCCCGGAGGAUGUUCAGGUAAUGGAACUAACGCUUUGUCCAGUUGGUGAAAAGGCUUUUUGAGGGCGAGGCACAGAAUUUUUCACAAGCCGAUUGUCUACGAAUAAAAGUAUAAUCUACGAA